CCGGCCGCCGCGGGGUCACUCAGCUGCACAGCUUCAGGUGGACUGAAUCGUUAAGUUUCUGGAGACUCUCAGAAGCAGUCGGAACAUCCAGAUUGGCUUGUUGCGGUACCAGACUAGACAGGCUGACUUUGGCCGCUCCUCUGCACCUUGCAGACCCUUGUGGAAGCCGAUGAUGUCCUGGGCUGCCGCGAGCCUGAGAGAGACAGCUGCUCGCUGCUUUCGUGCGCGGUGCCUCGGGUUCCGCGUGGGUCCUUGGUGCGCCUCCCAACAUAGGAACCCCAGCUGCGUUGCAGCUCCACACAGGACACUGCAUGUCAGCGCGGCGACCUCCGCAGGACACAAUAAAUGGUCCAAAGUUCGGCACAUUAAGGGCCCCAAGGACAUGGAAAGGAGUCGAAUCUUCUCUAAACUCGUUCUCAGUAUCCGCCUGGCAGUUAAAGAGGGUGGCCCUAACCCUGAGAACAACAGCAGCCUGGCCAACAUCUUAGAGGUGUGUCGCAGCAAGCAUAUGCCCAAGUCAACCAUUGAGUCAGCACUGAAAACAGAGAAAAACAAGGACAUUUAUUUGCUGUAUGAGGGUCGAGGCCCUGGUGGCUCUUCUCUGCUCAUCGAGGCGUUAUCCAACAGUGGUCCCAAGUGCCAUUUGGACAUUAAAUAUAUCAUGAACAAGAAUGGGGGAAUGAUGGCUGAAGGAGCCCGUCAUUUUUUCGAUAAAAAAGGAGUGGUUGUGGUUGGAGCCGAGGAUAAAGAGAAGAAAGCUGUGAACCUGGAACGUGCCCUGGAACUGGCAAUCGAAGCAGGAGCUGAAGAUGUGAAGGAAGCUGAAGACGAAGAAGAAAAGAACCUGUUUAAAUUUAUUUGUGAUGUUUCUUCUGUGCAUCAAGUGAGGAAAACACUUGACUCCCUGGGCCUGUGUUCUGUGUCCUGUUCGCUGGAGUUCAUCCCCAACUCGACGGUGCAGCUGGCUGAACCUGACCUGGAGCAGGCUGCUCGCCUCAUCCAGGCGCUCAGCAACUACGAGGACGUGAUUCAUGUCUAUGACAAUAUAGAAUGACCACACUAGAUGCAUCUCCCGGCUCUUUCCUAGGACAGCACAAGCUUCUGCAGCAACCUCAGAGACUGAAACAGGUGGGAGGAGCCUAUUGGAGACCUGGUGCAGUGGCUCACAGCCUUAAGGAAAAGGGACCCUUAGCACUGUUGGUGUCACAGGGCCAUCUGGGAUAAAGGUGACAGCAGCCAGCUGGGCUGACUUUGAUCUCAGGUGGCUGGCCCGUGUGAAGAGAGUGUCCUGUGGUACUGUAGAGUAGAAAUUGAGCUUCAGUAGUAACAGCAGUGGUGACUCUUGGGUUGUCGUGAGCAUGUGUCCAGCUUUUGAACCUCUGCACUAAAGUUCAAGCCCACACAUGUUUACUUCUCUACUUUACUACUAAGGUUGUAUUUUUUUUCCUUUUCAUUCUUUUUUGCAAUAGAAACAUGGCUGCUCUUUGUGGUUGAA